GGCUUGCCUCCCGUCGCCCGUGGUGACCGGCUGCCGCACUGCCGUUGCGAUAACCGGGCGACCGCUGCCGGUGGCGCUCGCUCUUCGCCUUUGCCGUGCGAGGCCCCGGCAGGCAGGCGGCAGAGCGCCGGCCGGUGCGGUUGCCGGGGGAGGGGGCGGGGGCGGGCAGCUCGGCGGGGAAGAUGUCCGCCGCUCUCCUCUCGCCCAUUGUGGAUUAUUACAACGACGAGGAGGAGCUGGACAGCGUCGACGAUGAGGACGAGCGCAGCAUCCGCGGCCGCGACUCGGAUGAAGCAAAAGAUAUUUGAAGAUCAAGACCUCAGACCUGGCACAAAACUCGUUGUCUACCAGGGAGCAGGAAACCUUGCCCUUCUGACAUCUGGAUUACCUACAGCAGGCAUCUCAAGGCAUUGGUAAAAUACCACCGAGGAUGUCUCUGCAAAGUCCUCCAAAUUCACUGGAAGGACAAGUGAACCAGUGAUAGUUUCCUCUCCCAGGCCAACACCUUUGCACGUGGUCUGCCCUAGUUAUACUCAGCCGGCUGCGCUGGGCAAUCCAUAUCAUUCAUGAGCCCAACGUUAGAUUCCCAAAGCUGACACCAUUCUGAGUUCUGUUGUGGGAAGGCGGACAGAAGAAAAGGCUGUGCUCAAUCAUUUGGAAAAAAUGGUAAUGCUCUACUGACACCUAGCCUAUGACUGCUCGAAAUGGAAAAGGACCUCUUGAGCAUCUCUAGUCCUUGUAUCUGGAGCACACAGAAGACCAUUAUACAGAGGAUGCAAGCGAGACAGAUAUUGCCAAUAAGCAGGAUGAUGAAGACUACCUGGAAGUAAAAGAGCAGAUGUACCAGGAGAAAUUGACAUCUCUUAAGAGACAGCUACAGCAGUUACAGGAAGGUACCUUGCAGGAGUAUCAGAAAAGGAUGAAGAAACUAGAUCAACAGUACAAAGAAAGAAUACGAAAUGCAGAGCUUUUUCUGCAACUGGAGACAGAACAAGUGGAAAGGAAUUAUAUUAAAGAGAAGAAAGCAGCAGUCAAGGAAUUUGAAGAUAAAAAGAUUGAGUUGAAAGAGAAUCUUAUUGCUGAAUUAGAAGAAAAGAAAAAGAUGAUUGAGAAUGAGAGACUAACAAUGGAACUCACAGGAGAUUCUAUGGAGGUGAAGCCAAUAAUGACCAGGAAGCUAAGGAGGAGACCGAAUGAUCCUGUUCCAAUUCCAGACAAAAGACGAAAACCUGCACCUGCUCAGUUAAAUUACUUGUUAACAGAUGAACAGAUAAUGGAGGAUCUGCGAACUCUUAAUAAGCUCAAAUCUCCAAAAAGACCAGCAUCUCCAUCUUCUCCUGAGCAUCUUCCUAGCACUCCUGCUGAAUCACCAGCACAAAGGUAUGAAGCACGAAUAGAAGAUGGAAAAUUAUAUUAUGAUAAGAGAUGGUAUCAUAAAAGUCAGGCUAUCUAUCUGGAAUCCAAGGAGAAUACAAAGAUUGGCUGUGUAAUUAGCUCAGUUGGAACAAAUGAGAUAUGGGUAAGGAAGACCAGUGAUAGCACAAAGAUGCGUAUAUAUCUAGGACAGCUACACAGAGGAGUCUUCAUUAUAAGGAGGCGAUCUGCUGCCUAGAACUCUUACCAAGUUACAUUGGAGGCUUGCUUCUUAUCUCCCUAUGCUCAGAGGUGAACUCUUCCAUGACUUUUAUAUGGAAACUUAUAUUAAAACAAGCAAGCUUAUUGACAGGCUGGAGAGCACACAAUUUGAAGACACUUUCCAAUGCCAUCUCAGUUUUGAUGAUUGUGCAUAUUUUUAAGAAUUAAAUUCACCUUUUCAAGGAUUUCUCUUUACUUUCAUCUUCCCAAGAUGGAGCUGACCAUUCUUUAAGGCUGGAAACUGCCAAUUUGUGGAUUGUUUCAUUUAUUCUAGACAACAGAGCGAAGACCUGUUUGCUUCAGUGCUGGACAGUCUGGAACAUUUUUACCUGAACAAUUAUCACCCUUUUUUUGAGAGGACUAUGUUUUGUACAUGCUGUUUAUUUUGUAUUAAAUGCUUCAUCAUAGUCACUCUUGGGUACAGGCCAAAAACGUGCAUUCUUUGUUUGUUUUUACAAGUGUAUUAAAUAACCUUGUUUCUUUGAACAAUCAACUCAAGUUCAUGAUUUAUAGUAUGCUGUAUCCUUAAAUAAAACUGAAAAUGUUGGUAGCCUGUGAUUAUGAUUAAUACUGUGUAAUGAUCUAUAUUUAUGAAGUUCUGCUGUUGUUCCUUAAAUAGUGGUUUGCAACACGUGGCGUUGGAACAGAAUUAAACCAAAUAAUUCUGCUCUUUUUUUGUUAGCAGCUUGAUUGCCAGGUCGCAAAUACGUUUUAAAGCUGCUGCUUAAAAAUGCUCAUGGUCAGCAACUCACUGAUUCAAAGGCUACUGCAUUUGGCCUGACUUUUGGGAAACUUUUUGAAAUAUUUGAAGAACUUUGCUUCUAAGGAAACAAUAUUUGUGAGAUAUGAUUAAAUCAAAAAGGUAUUUCUUUUGUAAUUGUCCCUGGUAUCACUAACUGCUUUGUAAUGAUUGCUGUUACAAGUGUCGGAUGAUGCUCCAUUUUGUCUUCUCCUAACUUCCUCAAUUGUGUGGUGGAAUUUAUCCCAUUCGAAAUUUGAAUAACUUUUGAAACAGAUUUUUAUGACUUGUAGUUGGAGACCUAUUCCUUUUUAAAGAAGGCUGCUAUAAAUUCUGUUUUGUUUUCUUCUUUUGAGUCAUGAACUUGAAGGUCUACCUGGUGAUAUUGCUGCUCAAUCUCAUUUAUUAAAAACUGAAGCAAGUUAGACUGAAAUUAUUUAAAUUCCUCAUGGAGCAAGAUAUAAAAAUUCAAACUGAGUAUGUGCACAAGAAAAUGUAUUCUUUACUCUUCCCACACUUUUAGAAUACAAUAGUUUGGUGAUGGUUUUGUUGCUGAGUUUUUAAAGAAUGUGGCAGCAUUAUAUUUACAAAUGUGCUUUUGGAAUUUACUUCCAACAACUAUAUAGAAGCAAAAGGUUGCUGUAUAUAUGUGCUUCCUGAUGAUCUUUUGAGGUGCAAACCUGGAUGCCUAGUUAAUUGAGGAAUAUCAUGAAAUAUCAACAUCAAUGACACAAUCAAGACUACCAUUUCUUCUUCAUUUUCCAUUGAAAUAAGUUUUGCAUUGUGUUAUUCUUUAGCUUUUGAUUGUGAAAUAAAACCAAGUAAGUCUGUUUUAUUAACUGAAAUGGUACAUUAAACAUGACACCAAGUUUUAGAGGUGUCCUUGUCACA